AACCGUCAACGAGUCGGGCUGCGUUUGGUGUGACGGUGUGACGAUUAAGUGACGAAAGUGACAAUGAAGUCAGCCCCGGGCGGUACCGGGCGAUUGCUCAUCGCCGUUCCUCUAUUGCUUUGCGCUGCCGGCCGUAGCGUGUAUGCCGAGACAACGGCCAGUCCGGGGUGUGUUAAAUCGGUCACGACGGCAAGCGGUAGUUUGAUCGAACGGGGACGUAGCUUCUGCAGUGGCGAGCUAAUCUUCGAGGACAACUUCGACUUUCUGGACUUUGAGAAGUGGGCCCACGAGAAUACCCUGGCCGGUGGCGGUAACUGGGAGUUCCAAUGGUACACGAACAAUCGGUCCAACUCGUUCGCCGAGGACGGUGCGCUAAACAUUCGCCCGACGCUGACGGCGGACCAUCACGGGCACGGUUUCAUGACAUCCGGCACGCUCAGCCUGAAGGGCAACUACCCGACGGAUCACUGUACCAACGAUGCGUUCUGGGGCUGUGAGCGGGUCGGCACGGCGCAGCACGUCGUAAACCCGGUCAAGAGUGCUCGGCUCCGGACGAUCGAGUCGUUUAACUUCAAGUACGGUCGGGCGGAGGUGCGUGCCAAACUGCCCACGGGAGACUGGCUGUGGCCCGCUAUCUGGCUGUUGCCGAAGCGCAACGCGUACGGUGGCUGGCCGGCGUCGGGAGAGAUCGAUCUGAUGGAGUCACGCGGCAACGACAACCUGAUGCUGAAUAACGUACAAAUCGGGGCGGGUCAGGUUGGCCAAACGUUACACUUCGGCCCGGGCCCUGCCUACAAUGGGUACGAGAAGGCGACCUUCAGCAAGAAUGCGCCAGCGGGCCAGGAGUUCAACAAGGACUUCAAUACGUUCGGGUUUGUCUGGACACCGGACAAUAUGACGGUGAGCGUCAACGGAGAAGCGCUGGCCACGCUGGGCGGAGAUUUUUGGGCGCUGGGUGAUUUCGCCCGUCACGGCGAUCUGGAGAACCCGUGGCGUCACGGGACGCGCAUGGCCCCGUUCGACCAGGAGUUCCACUUCGUCAUCAAUCUGGCGGUCGGCGGCGUGGCGUACUUCCCGGAUGCGGCCACCAAUCAGGCCGGUGGCAAACCGUGGCGGAACGACUCGCCUCAGGCGGCCACCGACUUCUGGAACGGGCGCACCCAGUGGCUGCCGACGUGGAACCUCGACCGGGACCGUGGCAAGUCAGCGUCGCUGCUGGUCGACUACGUCAAGGUGUGGGCACUAUAGGCCCCUAUGGGCGCAGAACUGGGCAAUUCACUUUCAUCCGGUCCCCUUGCGGGGCCAUACCAUUUUAGCAACGGUGAAUAAAUAAUGGAACU